AUGCAAGUGCUACGGUGGAUCUUCAAGCUCAUUACAUUGUGCGGAUGCUGGCGUCCGGCUUCUUGGGACUCGACACCCAGGAGGUACCUCUACAAUGUGUACACGGUGAUUUGUUUCACAAUUAUACAUCUGCUCGUGGUUGGAGAGGUCCUGGACCUCGUGCUCAUUGUUGACAACCAAAACGACCUCGCCGAGAACCUGUACGCUACAAUGGGGUUCGCAGUCACUUGCUACAAAUUAUCCGCAAUGCUCUCCAUGAGAGAGAGUCUCGCUGUUAUUAUGGAUACCCUUGAAUCGGAGCCUUUCACACCUGAGGGCGACCGAGAGCUGGAGAUACGGACUAAGUUUGACAAAUCGGCAGAAUGGACCGCGAAGGCCUACACGAUCGGUUUCGAGAUCUGGGCGGUAUGGACAAUGGUGUUGUCGCUGUUCAUGAACUUCACGAAAAGGAAGAUGGUAUUUCGAACCUGGUUGCCGUUCGACCAUACUCCGGUAAUAACUUACUGUUUGGUCUACCUGCAUCACACGCUGGUCAUCAUGGUCUGCCUCACGUCGACUGUCGCUUACGAUAGCCUGUACGCCGGGCUGCUGGUUCACAUAUACUCUCAGUUCGAGAUACUGCGGCACCGUUUACAAAACGUUCACAGGAACGAGAACAAUUCGGUGAAACAUUGUGCCCGCCAUCAUGAUCAGAUCUACAAGUUGGUUCCCAUGCUUCGUACCGGUAGAGACCCUAAGCUGCAGCCGUCGAUUAUGCUUUAGAUCGCACAUGAACACUUAGAACGAACCGUUUCACGUCCACGGGCCCGUCGAGGACGGUAUUAGCCCAUCAUAGUUUUUGCCCCCCUUUGAAAUCGUUGCAGG